GCACAACAAAAGGAGGAAGUUCUAUGUAGAUGCCCGAUGCCACCCUCAAACUAUAGCAGUGGUCCAAACUAGAGCAAAUUAUACGGGUGUUAUUACUGAGCUCAAAUUACCCCAUGAGAUGGAUUUCAGUGGAAAGGAUGUCAGUGGAGUGUUAUUUCAGUAUCCGGACACUGAAGGGAAGGUGGAAGACUUCUCUGAACUUGUUGAAAGAGCUCAUCAGAACGGGACUCUCACUUGCUGCGCUACUGAUCUUCUGGCUCUGUGUAUUCUGAAGCCUCCUGGAGAGUUUGGGGUAGAUGUUGUCCUGGGUAACUCCCAGAGGUUUGGCGUGCCCCUCUGCUAUGGAGGACCUCACGCGGCAUUCUUUGCUGUCAAGGAAAAUCUAGUGAGAAUGAUGCCGGGCAGAAUGGUGGGUGUUACGAGAGAUGCAAAUGGAAAGGAGGUGUACCGACUUGCUUUGCAAACACGAGAGCAGCAUAUCAGGAGGGAUAAAGCUACCAGCAACAUCUGCACAGCACAGGCUCUUCUGGCUAACAUGGCAGCCAUGUUUGGUGUAUACCAUGGUUCUGGUGGAUUAAGGCAUAUUGCAAGGCGGGUACACAAUGCUACUCUAAUCUUGGCUGAAGGUCUCAGGCGAGCUGGUCAUAAACUACAUCAUGAUCUGUUCUUUGAUACCUUGACGAUCACAUGUGGAUGCUCAGUCAAAGAGGUUUUGGACAGGGCAGCUCUUAGAAAGAUAAAUUUUCGGAUUUAUAGUGAUGGCAGACUUGGAGUAUCACUUGACGAAACUGUAAAUGAGAAAGACCUAGAUGACAUAUUAUGGAUUUUUGGUUGUGAAUCUUCAGCGGAACUGAUUGCUGAGGGUAUGGGCGAGGAAACCAAAGGCAUCCUUAGCACCCCAUUUAAGAGAACAUCCAAAUUCUUGACACAUCAGGUUUUCAACAGCUAUCACUCUGAGACAAAUAUUGUGCGGUACAUGAAGAGAUUAGAAAACAAAGAUAUUUCCCUUGUACACAGCAUGAUUCCUUUGGGGUCCUGCACAAUGAAGCUCAAUAGUUCAGCUGAACUUACG